GCUCGGAGCAAAAGCUCAGGUGAGCUGGGGUUGAUGGUGUGCUGAGAGCGGGCAGCAUGGCCGUACGCUCUGGGUCAGUUGGACUGAGCGUGAGUGUCUGCCCUGGGAGUAUUUCCGUGGCUUCUUGUAAGAAAAUGAUUCCUUUGCAGUGUCUUUCUCGAAAAAUGGUAACUUGACUGACAUUUCUGAAUUGAAAUGCCAAAGGAUGGGGCAAAAUGGAACAAGGAGCAUAUUUUAGUAUACUUUGACAGAUCACGUUUGAAGGUUUGUGGUUCAGAUCACAUGAAACUUAUUUUACAAGACCAUCUCAGUUUUUUCAACUGUGCUGAAAAUGCAUUCAGCUGCUAUUUGUUGCGGCUACUCAGGUUCAUGACCUGGCUUCUCUCAUCCUUGCAGUGGCUUUUAAAACUGGCUUUAUCAAGUUUUAGAUCAGUUUAAAUUGUGAAAAGUUAGUAGAAAAAUCUUAAGGACUGGCUGUAUCCUAAUGAAAGGGACUACCUUUAGUACUUUUGAGACUAGAAUUGCAAGUUUAUAUUAUCACUGAUGCAGUGGACUAUUGAAUUAUUGCUAAUAGAGAACAUUUUCAUUUAAAAAACUUAAGUGUUUUCUUAACUGAUGCAACAACAUUAAGAUUUUGGGUUUUUUUAAAGCAACUCACAGGUCUGAAUGAAUGACUAUAAAUGAGGAAUUGUCAUGAAAUUUCUGUUUUCUAGAUGGGUUCCACUGGUGCCCAUUCUUAGCCCUUCAUUAGUGAUUGUUUUUGCCUGUUAGUUUGAAGCAAACAUCCAAGUCAUUGCAGAUAACUUGCAAGUGAUGCAAAUAUCAGUAAAUAACUAAAAAAUCGGGGUCACAGACUGAGAGCAUGGCAGCUUGCUUUGAAGGAGUUAGAGAAGAGCCCCCAAAGGGUUGGAAAACAUGCUGACAGUGAGGACUUCUGGCGGUCCCAUCCAUCUCUUAACAGAGGGAAGGUUAAAAGAAAACAGUUUAUGAGCGAGGACGAAGGUGUAGCAAGGCACUGAUCAGAUGCUAGGCAAGUUUAGACCAAUUUUAAGAAUUUGGCAAAGAUUUUAGUACAUACUGAAGAGUUCUAAUUGUAGACACAGUUUUUCUAAAUAAUUUUCUGUGGUUCAAAAGGUAAUUGGUUUGGGAAUUGUGUUGCUUAGGUGAAACUUGACCUUAAAAGGUCUUUUCUGGCUUUGUGUGGUUUUAUAGCUGACAAGGGCAAGAUUUAAGAGGAAAAUUCUUACAAGCUGUGAAAUCUAAUCACUGAUGCAGAGUUUGUGAUGAAUUUUAACACACAGACUUGUUGACUUGGUAAUUUACUGACUGCCAGCAACUUCUGUGACUCCAGAAAAACACCCCAAACUCCUAAAACAUCACUUCUUGCCAAGCAGAGGAUGAGGUCCAGUGCAUUUCUUGUAGUGCUUGCAGUUGUACAUAGGUGUAAUUCAGGCACUUUGGACCAACAAAGCAAGCUAGAAACACACUGUCAGGCGUUGUUUAAUCCUCAGAACGCCCACAUUGGGUGCGUUAUGGACUGGGUUACUGAACCUCCUGUGCCUCAGGUACUUCUGCUGGGGGAGCUGGAGCCAGCAGGCGCUCGCAGUGUGGCUGAUGCUUCUUUUUUGACUGAGCCACGGUGCUGGAGAGUGAGGAAUCGUUACAGCAUAGUGAGCUUUCAACUGAGAGCUGCUAAAAUGCAACAGGGUGCAUGUGAGCCAGGAGCGGGGGGACCCAGGCAGGCUGUGCUCAUCAGGUUGAAUUUUGGUGAUUUGCCAAUGUUUCCCUCAUGGUGAUUUGUACCUGUGAGGGGCCGCGUGGCUGAGAAAAAAAGUUAUGAAAUCAGUCUGUAGCCUCACUGUUAGCAUUGAGCCAGGAAGAGGGAGGCAAUUUUGUGGCUCUUUCCUAAUGCCACUUCAGAUUUUCACCGUCUCUUUUCUAAACAUUGGCAACGCAAAGCAAGAUGCGGCAGGUACCUCAUUAUUCCUUUGCCUUAUUGCUCAGACAGGAUUCUCUGAAUGGCAGCACAAACUUGGACAGCGGUAACAAUCAUUAAACAGUUGAAGUAAAAACCUUGGCAGAUAAUGGACCCCUUUGUUGUCUGGCCGCUCUGUGGUCCGAGAGGAUGGGUGCUGCUGUCUCAUUAGGAGGAAGGUGAUCCUUUCUUCCCACCCCGUUUCCAGCUUUUGUUUUUUGUGCUGCCACUCAACAAAGUGCUUUACAGAGUUUGUGCUCCAGAUUUAUUUAUUUUUAAUCUGGCUAAUAGGAAGUAAAUUAUUCCCAUGAAAAAAGUUCCAUUAAUAUUCCCUACUUUUUAUGCUUGCUCUACUUUAACGCUGUUGACUGUACAGGGAAGCAAGUUCCUUCCUAGCAUCCCUGCCCAGCACAUAGGAAGACUCCCCAAAUUACAGAUGUGCCUCCGAAAACUCUUCGCUGGACCACGGCCCGGUCAGCCCCUCGAGGGUGGCUGCACUGCCGCCUCCGUGCGGAGAAAUGAUCCCAUUUGCCGUGCUUUGUGAAUGAGUAUUUUAUUGCAGAGCCCCACGUCAUUAUCAGUCUUUCCAGCUGGUCUUUGCACUUCCCGCCAGCAGCAGAAGUGGAAUUCCACUGUCCUGUACCUGUGCCAUGUAAUAACAUGCUACGCUUUUUUUUGACUCAAGCUGUGGUUAAUAAUGGUCAAAUUCUAUUAAAUCACAUUUCACUUGCUGUGUUCAGUAUUGCUCGAUGUCUAAAUUCUGCCUCUGAAAAAAACCCUAUACUUUUUAAAUGCCUAAAUUAUCUAUUCAGUGGCCAUUCUUUCUUAUGGCUUUGGUAGGCUGUUCGCUUUCUGUUAAAAGCCACAAAAAAGAAUUUAUCUUCAAAAUGCUCCUUGGAGGGGAAGAAGGGAAUGUGUAGAUUUCCUUUACUGACCUCCUCAUACCAUAAAUAUGAAUCAUUAUCACUGCUUGGGUAGUGACGCAUGGUUCUCCCCAAAUUGUGGACUGUCUGGAAGGUCUGGCUGGGAUUUUAAAAAAAUUGGCUUGCUUUUGUGUAAAACAAAGAUUUAAGGUGAAAGUUCCCAGAUGCGCUGUGGGCUAAAUUGACAUACGGCAACGUAUGGCUGGGCAGUUGCAACGUUAUGAGUUAUUUUCUGGUGAAGGAAAUACUGAGAACGGUAAAUAUUGUAGCAAAAAGAAAUCCCUUUUUCUUCUGCAAACGCAGAUAACUUAGUUUCAUACCUCAGUGUUGGCUAAUAAUUCCUUAAUUAUUACAUUUCAGAGAGGAACCCAGGGCUUUAAGUAACAACACAAGCUACAAGGUUUUGUGACUAUAAAUAAAAAGCUAUAUUUGGAAAAAAUGAAUAGUGUAUUUAUGGACAAAACUGUAUUAAGGGAAAUGUGAUGGAAAAAUUGAGUCAGAUGAGCUGAUGUAUGAGGCAUUUCCCUAUGGAGUCAUUGGGCUGAAAAAUGUUUUAUAUGCCUAAACUUGAACAGAUGCUUCAACACACACACACUCGUACAUCCCCCCCCCAGUUUAAUAUUAGCAGUUUUGUUCAUACCACUGUGAUUAAUUCACGAACCAGCCUGUUUUAGUCUCUUUUCCGGGGGCUAUUGGGUAUUUCCAGAUCAUCCAGGUACUUAAGCCCAUGCUUAACUGUAAAUAUGAAGCAGCCCGGUUAUUAGCAGGAUUUCUUUCAAGCUUUACAUUAGGCAUGUGCUUAAAUGACUCACUGACCUGGGAUUUACAUUUUUACACAGGAGUGAAGGAUUUCUCCCCAUUACCUUGCUUAGAUGAAAAUCGGUGGAGUCAGCCAGCUUUUUUGCCUAAAUAAGGACAUGAUACCAGCUUUCGGCUCUUACAGAUAUUAGUUCCACCUUUUUAGUUACAAAUUUGUCAGAAAACAAUUCCGAGUGUGUGUGCCUGACCUCGUUUAAGAUACUGUUGAAGUACGAAGAGAAGACAUACAUAUGGAUGACCAGCAGAUUGUGCCUACUGUUCUUUUUAGUAUGAAUGUCGCAUUUGGUGGUGCUGGAGAGGUGGCUGACAAUUGCAUAUUAUUAUUUUCCCUUUGAAUACCUGUUGUGGUGUUCCACUCAGCUGUUUAUCUGCUUUCCCAGGCUUCUAUUAUUUGUCUUGUAGGUAGCUGUGCGCAGCGCUUCCUCUCUUCUAAAAAUCCCCAAAGACCUCCCAAAAAGUGCAGUGCGUUGGAGCCUGUUGUUUCCACUUUGCUUUUCUGAUUGAGCUAAACUGAUGAAGGAAUGUGGAAAAAUGACUUCUGAGUCUAGCUGUGGUGCACCUCAGGAAUACACGGCUUACAGGAUGAGCGAUGAUGCUUGUGGCAUCAGGGGAUAUUGACUCCUGCUUGCAGUGACAUCCCAGCAUCCGACAGUCGUGAGUGGUGCAGCCGUGCCAGACUCGGGUAUAACAAGUCAUUGUCUGUAAAGUUCUGUAUCUCAUGCUUAAAAUAGUAGAGAGCCUGGAAGGGUGAUUGUAUUUCUUGUGUGUAGAUGGUUUCCAUGCUACCUUGAGGGUGAGUUUCUGACUCCUUAACUCCUGGAAGUCUUGCUGCGUUACAGAUUCAGGGACACAGCUGACAAGUAAUGCUGCGUGAUCCAAGGGCCUGAGGUUGGAGAAACAUCUGUAGGCAGGCAAGGGGCUGGGUGGUAGAUUGUGCACAUGGGGCUGGCCCCAGUGUUAAUAUAUUUUUAAAUGGUGUAAAAAUAUAAUAAUUAAGGUUCUUAAUGUGUGUUUUGCAGGUGUGCUGUCUUGCAUAUGGCAUCUCCUCCUAAAAAUCUAAAAAUCCCCUGAUUUUCAUGGUAAACAUAUUUAAGUAGUUGAGAAAUUACUAAAUUUUAAUUACAGCAGACAUUCAUUCACAAGAGUUACUUAGCCAACAUUCGAAUAGGUAGUUGAACUAUUUUUAAAAGGAGAAGAAUUUUCAUAGUGGAAACUGUGAUUCCUGGGAUAUUAAAAAAAUAAAAUAAAAUUGAAGUGUUCGGGAGGAAGUACACGGUGAUCUUCCAUAUAGCCAUAUGGAAAUGAUCUUCUUUAUUCCUUGGUUCAUGUAAAGUCUGCACUCCUUAUGGACUGUUUACUUGAAAUGUCUGCCUCUGUGGCAACACCAGCUUGAUUUAUAUUCCUCAGCCUGCUCUUGCUUGCUUUGCAAUCUGUGGCAAAACCUUAUCGAUCUGGGUGUCUGCAAAAUCCGAUUCCCUGGAGGAUUGUGCUGGAGAGAUAUUGACAGAAAUAAAUCAUUGCUGCCCUUCAAGUGUGCCGACUGUGUGAGAUUUGUUUGACAAGUAAAUACUGAAUACCAGUCGGCUGUAAGUUAUCAAUGAUUAAUAACCUGGGGUACCCAGGUUCCUUUUGGCUUUUGCUAGUACCUCUCUUUUAGCUGAUUCAUUAGCGUGCUCUUCCCACAGGCCCCUGGGAGAUGCUCACUCCUGGCUCCUUUAGAACAGCUGCACUGGGUUGGACUGAAGGUCUGCCUGGACCGGAGUCCUGUUUCUGACACUGGCCCAAGCACAGGCUGCAGCAACAGCACGGGAGGAGCAUGUUUGAAACCCUGCUCAGCAUUUUGACUGCUUUCUGCCUAGAGACUUACCCGUUGCAUCAAGCACUGUCUCUUUCUUUCAGUUUUUAAGGGGCUUUUGUUCUCCAGGCUACUCCAGAUUUUACAGCUCCCUACCUUCUUUCCCCCUUCAGCCUUCUCGUUUUUCCACUGUUCGUCCUAUGCCAGCCAGUCUGUACCUCUUCUCUGAAGCUGCUUCUGUUUUCCAUUUCUGUGAUGAGGGACGGUGAGAGUGACCAGAGCUGUACACUGUAGUUGGGAUGCAGGUGAACCACGGGUGCUCAUGGUGACACAGCAGCGUGUGCUGUUCGUGUGCUUGUCCUUCUCUAACACUGGUAAAAUGCUGUUGGCUCUCUGGAAUGUGCUGAGCGGUACCGGAGCUUUCAUGGAACAGCCUGACAGCCCCAAGAGCUGAUUGCUGAGGCCGUCUCAGGGCACAUCUUUUUUACUAUGAAAUUGAGAUUUACUUUUUUUUAUUCAAUGUAUGCAUCACUUUAUCUACAUGGAAUUUUAUCUGCCAUUUUAUUACCAGUUACUUAGAGUCAUAAAGUCCUUCUGCCAUUCCUCAUGGUUGCUUGUCUUCCUUGCCUUGCAUAUUACCGUCAGGAUCCUUGGUCACAUCCCACUCACCUCACUGUUGUGUUUUACUCAGUGUCCUGGUCCAGCACAGGUCCCAGCCUCUCUGCCUGUGAAACUCCACUGGGACCUCCCUCCCUUGCAGGAAAUGACUGUUUACUCCUACUCUUUGUUAUCUUUCACCUAGUUGUUUAUCUGUGCAGGGACAGUUCCUUUUCCCAUGUGGCCUUUCAGUGUCCCUGCAAGAAGCCUUUGAUGAGAGAGGCUCACAGAUUUUAAAAGUCCAGGUAGUCUGGAGCCUUUUGGGAGGCUGGAAGUCCCUUUACAGAAGCCACACUGACUUUUCCCCUGGCAUCUUCCCCAUUCUUCAGCUGGUUUUGAGACUAAUAUAUUCACUCUCUGAUGUUUAAGCAACUUCUGAAGGAUGCAGACACAGGCAUUGAGUGCUGUCUUGCUAACAAGGAGCAGACUUCUCAAAAGCCUGUGGAGGAGACGUAGGAUCUUCAAGCAAAUUCUGGCAGCUGGAGUUUCCCGGUAACAGAUAAAAUUACUUGACCACCAUGAGUUGGAGUUUUCUGACCCGUCUGUUAGAGGAGAUCCACAAUCACUCAACCUUUGUUGGCAAAAUCUGGCUGACAGCGUUGAUUGUAUUUCGGAUUGUCCUAACUGCUGUGGGAGGAGAAUCCAUUUAUUACGAUGAACAAAGCAAGUUUGUGUGCAACACAGAGCAGCCUGGCUGCGAGAAUGUUUGUUACGAUGCUUUCGCUCCUCUUUCGCACGUGAGGUUUUGGGUCUUUCAGAUCAUUCUUGUUGCCACUCCAUCUGUGAUGUACUUAGGCUAUGCAAUUCAUAAAAUUGCCCGGAUGGUGGAACACAGCGAAGCUGACAGAAGAAUCAGAAGCAAAAGCUUUUCUAUGCGCUGGAAACAACACCGUGGCUUAGAGGAAACUGAGGAGGACCAUGAGGAAGACCCGAUGAUGUACCCAGAAAUAGAGCUGGAAAGCGAACGGGAGAAUAAAGAGCAGCAGGCCGCUGCCAAAGCUAAGCAUGAUGGCAGGCGGCGAAUCCGUGAAGAUGGACUCAUGAAAAUUUAUGUCCUGCAGCUUCUGGCGAGGACUACGUUUGAAAUUGGCUUUCUCGUCGGUCAGUAUUUUUUGUAUGGCUUUGAGGUCAGCCCCAUAUUUGUGUGCAGCAGGAAGCCAUGCCCACACAAGAUAGAUUGCUUCAUUUCAAGGCCAACCGAAAAGACCAUUUUCCUGCUAAUAAUGUACGGGGUGAGCUGCAUGUGUUUACUUUUGAAUGUCUGGGAGAUGCUCCAUUUGGGAUUUGGCACAAUCCGGGACACGUUGAACAACAAGAGAAAAGAGCUGGAAGACUCUGGUACUUACAACUACCCUUUUACUUGGAAUACGCCAUCUGCUCCUCCUGGCUAUAACAUUGCCGUCAAGCCAGAGCAAAUCCAAUAUACUGAACUGUCCAAUGCCAAAAUGGCCUACAAACAGAACAAAGCCAAUAUAGCUCAGGAACAGCAGUAUGGAAGCAACGAAGAAAACAUUCCUGCCGACCUGGAAAAUCUGCAGAGGGAAAUUAAAGUGGCUCAGGAGCGCCUGGACCUCGCGAUCCAGGCUUACAACAACCAAAACAAUCCCGGCAGUUCCAGAGAGAAGAAAUCCAAAGCAGGCUCAAACAAAAGCAGUGCCAGUAGCAAGUCAGGAGAAGGAAAGAACUCUGUCUGGAUUUAAUGUUGGCUGAGUUUAUAUAUUGUGUUUUUUCUCCUAGUUUAUCAUAACCAGCAACCCCUUGAAUAAUGGCUUCCAUUAAGUAAAUAUUUGACUGCUUAUUUUCAGGGAUACCGUUGGCUAGUGAUUCAACCUCUCAGAAAGGCUUUAUACGCAUAUUCUAGGAUUAUAGAACUUUAUUCUUCUGUCUUCCAAGUCAGGAGACAAAUAGAUAUAUUUAAACCAUUCUCAUUGAACGGUUUAUGCUGUAUGUACAGUAUUGUAGUACAUUUAUUAUGCACAAUUUUUUGUAUUUGUACACUGGAUCUCUGACGUUACACUUUUUUAUAUUAAUGAGGAGAAAGCAAUGGGUAGCUGUUAGCAUUUUGCUAGUUUUAUUACCGUGGUCUGCAGUUUGUUGUUGUUCUUCCUUGUUUUAAACGUAAAACUUUCUAUGCUGCGUUUCAAAAGUGCCUUGCACAUGCAGACAGCACAGAGGAGUCUCCGGUUAUCCAGGCAGCCCACGGGUGCCAGUCACUGAGCAGCAAGCAGUGAAAGAUUUGGAAAACAUCUGUUAAUGGUGCUCUUGAUUCUGUCCUUUACAAAAAUGAUGCGCUACUUAUAAAAUGGAAGUGUCAUACUAUAGCUACUAUGUACUACAGUUUUUUUCGCCCUGUGGAAAAUUACAGCAAAAAUGUACAUGUGUGAGAGUACUUGUGUUCAGAGUAAGAGUGCCAGCCGUAACGCAGAGAGGGCUCAGACCUCCCUGCAAGCUUUAUGCAACAGGAGGCAAGAGAGACUUCAAACUCCUGUAAAACAUCAAAAAAAAAGUAAAUAGAAAUUACUGGAUUCAGUAAUCCCACAUGUUUAUGUGAGAUCUAUGGAAAGAGAUGUUUUUGAGGUCUGUUGUUACAUAACGCCCCGCUCCCCAAGGGCAUGAGUUGUUACAAUACCUUUUGGGUAAGAUUUCUGUCUUUUCCAAAGUAAUCUGGUUAGAUGGAGUCAUGGUAAUUUUGUUUCUCCGUGCAUUACACUCAAGGAAUAACAUUUCUCUCCCCCCAGCCAGGACACAUGAGCUGUCUGUAAGAGUUUUUACAAAGCCCUUUCCGAAUAUCAAUGAUACUGCCUUAUUCCAGACCCCUCUUCCUUCCAUUAUGUCCGAGGAAUUUAGUUCAGACAGAGCAAUGUGUAUAAUUUAGAUUUCUGCUUGAGAGACCAGUCAGAUUUGGCAUUCUGUGGUUUUGGCACUAAACUUGAAUUUAUAAUUAGAAAACAGAGAAUGCGGUACUUACUGCCUUUGGCGGUGUCUUUUUGGCAAGGAUGUGCAUUAAUGUUUGAGAGAUGCCGAUAAAUGUGUAUGCUUUUUGCUACUAUUUAUAUUGUAUUCAGGACCUUGCUCCGCUCCCUUUAGUUAGGUUUUUGUGCAUUUUAAUAUAUUUUGGGGGCCUGUUUCAAGCGGGACUGUUCUGUUUUGAGGCUACCUCAGUCCUUAGUGCCCUCGUUACAGCCUGGUCAGGAACAGGAUUGAGAAGAAAGGCUCUGUGGAGGACACAGGUGAACCCGUACUCCAUUGUUGUCCCGCAGAACAUCUAAGCAUAGGCUUUAUGUUAAAUUUAAACUAAGGGGAUACAAGCACAUGCUUGCAGUUAUCCUCUACCCAAGCACUUGCUGAAAAUAAGUAUUUUGCUGAAUUGUUUUCAGUCUGUUUUCACUCUGGGACACCAGGCAGUCCAGGCAUAGAUCCCAGCUGUCUCUCAGCUCUGCAUUAGAGAGGCAGAAGUGCACCCAGAGCCAAUGCAACCCUCUGCGUGAGGUCAGCGAGAGCUUUUCCUCUUCACCUCCAGCAGAGACGUUGGGAAGCGAACUUGCUUUCUGGCUUCUUGUUUAGCACUAACUCCUGGCCGCUGCUCCGGGAAAGGAGCAACCUCUGAAUUUUAUGCAGAAAAGUUUCAGGGUGAUGUCUUUAAGUGAGUAUAAGUAAGUAACACAGUAAGUACAUAGCAGUUUUUAAAAGCCUGAGUGGACUUGAGGGCAGGGACAGCUAGCCAGUGAGAUGGGACUAGCUGUGUGGGGUGAGAGGGAGUUUAUUAAUAGUGCUUCCUCUAAUCAAACAGGAGUCUGAAGAGAAGCACGCUGCCUGAAGAUGGGCAGAGAGGCUUUGCCAGCAGAAAGCUGGGAGUGUGAUGGAGAAGCUGGGUGGAAAACAUGUCUGAAAGUACCAGGGAAAUACAUUUGGAGCCUGGAGAUAAACGCCAAUGCCUGGCUACAAUCCACUCAUUAUCCCCAACACUGGGGUUGUUCUUUUCAGCUUCCCAAAAGGGUUACGUUGCUCUUAACCCCUUGUGGUGGUUUCGGAACAGCCUUUCACCAGCCGAAUGGCAAGAAGUGAAAAUCGUUUCCUCUUGCUGCUCUCUAUGCAAACUGCAGCAGUUUCUUAUUAAUGGCUUAAAAUAAAAUUGGUUCAUGACAGCUGCUUCACCCAUUGUUUGUAUUAGCCCUUUCCCAAUUAAUGUUCUAAACCGUUACCUGCUUAAAGCUACUGUCUCAGGUCAGUCCUGUGAGCUUUUGUCCACACCAGUAAAUACUCCCAUUAGUGAGCAGAGUGUAUAGAAUAUUCCAAUCCCAGCACUGAAUUCAUACCGAAAAUGCAAAGUAAUGAAGCUGUUUCUGUUACUGUUUUUUUGUUUUCAUUUUAAUUGUGUAUGAAGUGCACAUUUUCUUUGAAACUGAGUGUUUGUUAUUAGUAGAGGAUGUCUGUUAAAGCUCUAAAUGUUCAUGUCUGUGACUGUAUUCAGUUUCAAAGUAUCUGUUUUGAUUUUUCCUUUUGAAGAAAUGAUACAUGCAUUACUUUAAAAUGCUCUCUUACUUUGGCUUAAUGUAGGCCAUUCUGAAAUAAACGUUCAGAAGAGACUUUUGGACAAAAAAUACUGAACAUAACUUGGGUUUGUCCUGUCAUUCUCUGGUUUUGGAUGCAGUUUGGAAAAAAAAAAAAUCUAUUAAAUCCAGUGGAUUACUCCA